AUGUCCGAUGAUAGCAUCACGUUCCCGCAUGAUCCGACGAGUGCAGAAUCGCAUUUCACCCAGCACGACCUGCAGCUUCUAGCACAAUCCUCGCCAGAAUCGCCUCUCCGAGUUGUUGCACUCGUUGACUACGACUCAUUCUAUGCCCAAUACGAAUCAGUCAGGCUGGGUCUUGACCCUUCUAAGCCCCUCGCAGUGCGUCAAUGGAACGCCAUCAUCGCGUUAAACUACCCAGCAAAGGCCCGCGGACUCAAGAGGACCAUCUCGGUGGAGGAAGCUCGUCGACUCUGCCCAGACAUCGUCCUGCAACAUGUCCCAACUUGGAGGGAAGGCGAUGAUUGCUGGAGAUACAGGUCCGACGUGCUGGACAACUUGACGACGGAUAAGGCCUCCCUGGACCCAUAUCGCGACAUGUCGCGAAGGACGAUGAAGCUCGUGCGAAGGAUUCUUCCGGCCACUCCUGCGCCUACCAUCGAGAGAGCCGGAGUGGAUGAGUUUUACGUUGACCUCUCAGCUCAAGUUUACCAGAUUCUCACGGAGCGAUUCCCAGUCUUGGGAACGCUCAGUCACAAUCCCGAAAAGACGUUACCGCUGCCCCCGGUGGACACCUCGCUGACCUGGAAGUCGGAUAAGGUGAUGAAUCUUCCUAAUACUUGUAAUCCACAAUACACCCUUGAUUGGGACGACGUGGUUUUGGACAUCGGGGCUAGCAUUAUUCGCAAUAUCCGCAGAGAAAUCAAAGCGGAGCUGGAACUCACUACUUCCGCCGGCAUCAGCCACAACAAGAUGAUCGCCAAGGUCGCUUCUCGGAUGAACAAGCCAUUCGGCCAAACAGUCAUCAGGCGCAAAUCCAUCCCCGCCAUUAUGCCGACUCUCAAAGCGACCUCACUCUCUGGCCUGGCAAGGCAGCUUGGUCAGAGAGUCAUCAAAACGUUUGGGUCCGACGGCAUACGGGAUCUCCUCCAGGUCUCUCUUGCGGAGAUGAGGUCAACACUGGGGGCCCAGGAUGGCCAAUGGGUGUACAGGGCCAUCAGAGGUGACGAAACAGGCCCCGUAAGGCCACGGAGUGAGGUCCAGUCCUUGCUAGCUGCCAAAACCUUUGUGCCAAAGGCCGAGAAUCUUCAACAGGCCAGCAAAUGGCUGCGUAUCUUCGCUGCAGAUCUUGAGUCGCGGCUACGGGACCUCGAUCUAGACUCCGAGGUGCCUCGACGACCCAAGACUAUUGCCGUGCAACAUCAUAUCCGGGGUCGGUUCGGCCCGACGCGGUCCAAGCAAGCGCCGAUCCCACCACACGUCGAGAUCAACCGGGAAACCAUAUUUAACAUGCUGCAUGGAUUACUCAAGGAUUUGACAGACCACGGGGAAUCUUGGCCGUGUUUGGGUAUCUCUGUCAGCAUGUCGAACCUGGAGUCCGGAUUGCCUACAUCUGAUCACGGGCAGCAUAGUAAAAGGGUUCAAGUUUCGAGCGAUACAACGGAAGACCCAGCACCCGUCAUAUUAGCUACUGCAAGUACCUCGCCUCGGGCCAUUCGAGGUGAUUCAAGGGGCGAGCAAGAACAGCAAUACCUGUGUCCUAAAUGUGACGAGUCUGUGCCGCCAGAAGAUGUUCUCGAGCAUUUGGACUGGCAUGUCGCGUUGGAGAUUCAGGAUCAGGAGAGUUGA